AUGUUCCCAGGUCAAGGACGUCAUACUUAUCAAGGGAAUUAUGGCCCACCUCAAGGACCACCUCCAAAUCAGCAAUAUAAUAAUUAUGGUCCACCUCAAAAUCCUCCACCUCAACAGUAUAAUAAUUACGAAAGACCAAAUCAACCUCCACCUCAACAACAAUAUAACAAUUACAAUAAUAAACAACAACCUGGACUCAAUGGGGAACCAAAUUAUGGAGAUCAAUAUGGGUCAGGUCAUUACUCAAGACCACCUCAAAGUCAACAAUCCUUUGGUGUUCAAAAUUAUAAUUAUCAAUAUUCUCAAUGUAAUGGUAAAAAAAAAGCUUUAUUAGUUGGAAUCAAUUAUUAUGGUACUAGUAAUGAAUUAAGAGGUUGUAUAAAUGAUGUGACUCGAAUGGAACAAUUUUUAGUCACUCAUGGUUUCAGUGAAAAUGAUAUUGUUAAAUUAUCUGAUGAUCAAAGAAAUCAAAGAGCCAUACCUUUAAGACAAAACAUCUUAGAUGCUAUUCAUUGGCUUGUGAAAGAUGCAAGACCGAAUGAUAGUCUUUUUUUCCAUUAUUCGGGACAUGGUGGUCAAACGCGAGACCUUGACGGUGAUGAAGCAGAUGGGUAUGAUGAGGUCAUCUACCCUCUUGAUUUUGAGACAAAUGGUUUCAUCGUUGAUGACCUUUUACACGAUACCUUAGUGAAAUCGUUACCACCAGGUUGUAGAUUAACUGCAUUAUUUGAUUCUUGUCAUUCAGGUUCGGCUUUAGAUCUACCAUAUAUGUAUUCAACAAAGGGUGUGUUGAAGGAGCCAAAUGUUUAUGCUGAAACUGGUCAAGAUUUAUUAAAAGCAGGUAUGGGUUAUUUAACAGGAAACAAUCGUAAUAUGAUGAGUGGGUUAAGCUCGGCAUUCAAAAGUGUAAUGAAUCAAGGAAAAGCAUCAAAAGCAGAACAAGUAAGUAAACAAACUAAAACUGCUCCAUGUGAUGCUAUUUCUUUUAGUGGUUGUAAAGAUGAUCAAACCAGUGCAGAUGCAAGUGAACAAGGUCAAGCUACUGGUGCAAUGAGUUAUGCAUUUUUAGCAGUAAUGAAUCAAAAUCCAAAUCAAUCUUAUUUAUCAUUAUUACAAAAUAUGAGAACUAUUUUACAAAAUAAAUAUAGUCAAAAACCUCAAUUAACUGCAUCUCAUCCGAUUGAUACUAAUUUACAAUUUAUAUUUUGA